CUGAAGUAUAUAAUUGUCCCGUUCGAAAAGCUUUUAACGCCCCUCUACUCUUACAUCCAAUGCGAGAUGGAGGACGCGAGUUCGAAAUCCUUUCCCGCCAACGAACCAGAGCAGGACCUUUACACCAUACCAAGCUAUUCAAGCUGGUUCACCUGGGACGAAAUCCACGAAACCGAGAAACAGGCCCUGAAGGAGUUCUUUGAUGGCAGCUCCAUCUCAAGAACACCCAAGAUCUACAAGGAGUACAGGGAUUUCAUCAUCAACAAGUACAGGGAAGAGCCUUCGCGGCGGCUCACGUUUACGGAGGUUCGUAAGUACUUGAUCGGUGAUGUCUGUUUGAUUCACAAGGUGUUUCGGUUAUUGGAAAGAUGGGGAUUGAUUAAUUUUGGUGUGCCGACGGAGGAUUCGUCUGGUGAUGAGAAGUUGAAGGGCAGAUUGGAGGAUGGAGUGCCUAAUGGAAUUCGAGUGGUCUCUGUUCCCAAUCCCAAUAAAGUUGUUCUUUUGACACCAAAUGUGAAGGAUGAAGCGGUCGAUAAAGGCGGCUUCAGACUGCCGCCUCUGGCGUCUUACUUGGAUGUUUUUGGUGACUUGAUGCGUGAGAAAGGGCUGAUUUGUGAGAACUGCGGGGAAGGUUGUGCUUCCGGACGCUAUGUGUCUGCUAAGCAGGGGGGAUUUGUAAUUUGUGUAAGAUGCUUCAAAAAUGAAAAUUAUGGAGAAAGCAAGACAGCGGAUGGUUUCAAGUUCAGUGAUUCCACAAGUAGUAGUGAUGAUCAUGGAAGUGAUGUCUGGACUGAUGCAGAGACACUACUUCUUCUAGAAACUGUGUUGAAGCAUGGAGAUGAUUGGGAUCUUGUUGCACAAAAUGUUCAAACCAAGAGUAAACUUGAUUGCAUAUUAAGACUCAUACAGAUGCCUUUUGGGGAGCUCAUGUUGGGCUCAACCAAUGGAAAGGGUGGUGCUAGCAAUUCUUCUGGCAACAAUAUCAACAACAGACAAGUUCAGGCCAAUUCAAUUGAUACUCAAGAACCAAUCAAAACAGAGAACCAAUGUCAUGAGAAUAUGGAUGAGACUAGGCAGAUCAGAGAGGAUGAGACCCAAGACCCUCUGUUAAAGCGAAGAUGCAUUGGUUCAUUUGCAGACUCUGGUGGGUCACUGAUGAAACAGGUAGCUCUAUUGGCCACAAUGAUGGGUCCACAUAUUGCAGCUGCUGGAACUAAGGCUGCUAUUGCAGCACUGUGCAAUGAAAAUGAGUAUGCACAGGAGAUGUUUGAGGGUGAGGAGGUUAGUGUCACUAAUUAUUUUGGGUCUCUCACGUCAAAGAAUGAACCAGGCAGGGUCUGUAAGGUUGAUGACAUGGAAAUGGGGGAGAAAUGCAUACAAUCAGAACCACAGGAAACUCCCCAAGAGAAGUUGGUACCUUUAGCUUUGCGAUUUAGAACUGGAAUUGCAGCAGCUCUAGGGACAGCUGCUGCUCAUGCCAAGUUAUUAGCAGAUCAGGAGGAUAGAGAGAUUGAACGCUUAGUGGCAACUAUUAUAGAGAUGCAGAUUAGGAAGAUACACUGCAAAAUCAAACAUUUUGAAGAAUUGGAGCUGAUAAUGGAGAAGGAAUACACCCAUAUAGAGGAGCUAAAGGAGUAUUUCAUUGCAGAGCGGAUCAAUGUCAUAUGUGAAGCACUUAGAGUUGGCAUCUCAAGAUGGAAGGAUCAUACUUCUGUAAAAUCUGUUAUAGGUAGCAUAUUUUGACGAAGCCUUAGUUCCCAUGGGGCCAAAAAAAAAAGGGGGGCCGGGGGUGGGGGAACAAGUUAUGAUAUGAAUCUGUUUCUUCUUUCCAAUAUCAGUGCUAAGUUCAAUCACUA